AUGAAGCAGCCGAAUGUCAUUGCCAUGAUUGACCUCACUGUUCCCGCACAGGAAACAGGGAAGAUUGUUGUGCCCAUGAAAAAAUCAAUGAAUGACAGGCGUGACCCUGAACAUGCUCUUAUAAUCAACUCUGACUCUGAGCAGGAGGUAUGA